AUGCCGUGGAAAAAGCUACCAAUUAAACCACUCGCGUAUGGACUACCAGGCUCGAUUUUAGUGGCUUUGGGUGCGUACAAAUAUGGACAGUAUAAUGCAUUACACAAUCCACCCUUAAACAUGUUUCCCAAUUCCUCGACGACAAAAUUGAAGUCACUUCAACCUCCAAAAUAUUGCAGAGAUUUAUCUUCGGUUAUUCCGGAAAUUGCGGGUAUUGGUGUUGAAGUCGUUAGCAGCAAGCCAGAGAUUGAACAUCAUACAAGUAACGACUUUACUACGCAUCCACCAAAACACGGCGAGGUACCGCAAUACAUAGUCUAUCCAACGUCAACUGAACAAGUCUCGCGAGUGUUGAAAAUAUGCAAUAGGGAGUUGGUGCCUGUGGUUCCAUUUUCUGGGGGUAGCAGUAUCGAAGGUAAUUUCCACUCAACGCGGAGAGGAAUUGUUGUGGACACUUCACGUAUGAACAAAGUGCUAGCUAUAAAUGACGAUGAUUUGGAUGUGGUUGUACAGUGCGGUGUUAACUGGCAGAGGUUGAAUGAGGAUUUAGAACCAUAUGGGUUAAUGUUUGGCACCGAUUGUGGGCCACUGGGGUUGAUUUCGGGGAUGAUUGCAACAAACGCGUCGGGAGUGAAUGCGUCUCGGUAUGGGGCAAUGACGGCUAAUGUGAUUUCUGUGACUGCUGUGUUGGCAGAUGGUACUAUUGUAAAGACUCGACAAAGGCCGAGAAAGACCUCGGCAGGGUACAACUUGACAAGCUUGUUUGUUGGAAGUGAAGGCACAUUGGGGAUUGUUACUGAGGCAGUUGUCAAAGUUUACCCGAAACCCAAGAGUGAGACGGUUGUUGUGGUACAAUUCCCCCUGAUAUCGCAUGCUACAAAGACGGUAGCUCAAGUAUUCCGGCUGGGUAUACAACCAUCAGCAAUCGAGUUGCUUGAUGCCAAUAUGGUUCACUGUUUGAAUUACGGGAAAUAUACCAAUAAGCCGAUGUUGGAGGUCCCCACCCUAUUUUUCAAAAUAGGGGGAAUAAAUGGCACGGUGGUAAAAGAAAGUCUCAAAAUUCUUCAAGCAAUAACAAAACAGAAUGAAGCCGCUAGUUUUCAAUUUGCUAAGAAUAAACAAGAACAAGAAGAAUUAUUCUCAGCCAGGAAAAAUGCUCUUUAUGCCAUGACAGAUUGGAGUCGUAGUGAAAUUGACCAAGAUAUCCGGAUGUGGCCUACCGAUAUUGCAGUCCCGUUAUCUAAAUUGUCUCAUGUUUUGACCAUGAUCAAUACUUGGAUAAAAGACUCGCCUUUUAAAUCAACAAUUGUUGCUCAUGCAGGAGACGGAAAUUUUCAUGCGAGUAUAUUUUACAGACCCGAGCAACGUGAUGAAGCUGAAAAAAUGGUCAACAAGAUGGUUGAAUUGGGUAUUGUGAAUGAUGGGACAGCAACUGGUGAGCACGGAAUCGGAAAUUCAAAACGUAAGUUUUUAGAGCUAGAGUUGGGUGAAGAUACCAUUGGAAUGAUGAGAAAGAUCAAGAUGGCGUUGGAUCCUAAUAGGAUACUUAAUCCAGAUAAAGUAUUUAAAAUAGAUCCCAAUGAUGAGGGAUUGCAUUGA